GUGCUUUCGUUCGGCGUAUUACAACAGAGGACGCUCUUGUUGAUAUUGACACUUGUUUGAAAGACGACAACCGCGAGUAGCUGGCUUCGUUCUGACACAAUUUAUUUCUGAGGCCAAGUUGUCGAAUUGGAUGCGAGAAUCGAAAGUGUCACCUACUUAUAAAUAUCUGAACAAGAUCUGAACCUGGACCCAGCAAAGGAGAUCAAUGGCUCAGACGGAUUUCGCAGAUUCUGAGAGUGGUCCUCCCACGCAGCAGGUAGGAGGUGCUUGCGAGCAGGGCAGAAUAACUAGUGAAACGACCUCAGCCGGCGCAAACUCAUCUCAGCUGAGGCAAGAACUAGUACAUCAUGGAAAUAGAAUAAGUCAGCAAGAACAACUAGUACAACCUCCAGGACGAGGACUAGCAGAUGGACAGACGUUUUAUUCCUUGAGCCAAGCUACCGGGGAACAAAUAAAGCAAUUCCCCGGCGUCGCACCACGACCAGCAGAGCCGUCUUCACCAGAGCAAGCCUUUUAUUUCCCGCCCCAGUCGCAGUCCGGUGGUCAUUUUGUUCCUGACGAUUUUCGUUAUCCAGCAAACGUUCCGGCGUCAAUAUCUCCUUCAGGACCGCACGUCACAACAACUCCUACGCGGCGGGGGCCCUAUGUCGAUGAACUUCAGCAGGUAGUGAGAAAUAACGAGCAAAAUAAUGAUAUCCCUUGUUCCGGGACGAUUUUAUCAAAGAAUUAUCCCCCGGGCCCGGCGCCUGCUCCGGCCCUGCCAAACACACGAACCCCGCCCCCCCGGAAGCAUUCCGGGCUGUCUAUCAAGAAGAAAAAUCCCCCCUCCCCAUAUCAAAACGGAGAUCUGUGAUGCAGAUUUGCAGUCACAAAUCAGCUUUGUCAUGCUAGAAGGGAAAAGAUGCGGACUGUCUUGCCGGGUGGCGUGGGGAAGCCUUGCAUCUUCAGCAUGACAGGAAGCAACUGAGAGUGGGAAACAGCAUGACAAAUUGCCUGCAAACGAGGGCACAACUGCGGCUCUUGGCCUUCUAGCAUUACAAGCCGACUUGUGUACUAACACAGCAUCACAAAUUUCGUUUUCGAUAUGGGGUGGGGGGAUUUUUCCAUUUGAUACUGUCCUUAGCGAGUUGGGGUCGGGAGAUCAGCGGCAAUACACAGAGCUCGGGGAGCAGUGGCGGCGCCGGCGGCGCUGUCUAUCAAAUGCAAAAAUUUCUGGGUCUGGAAGGAUGCAAGGUUUGUCAUGCAGCUUUUCCAUGAUCCAUGAUGCUUGUAAUGCAUGAGCUAGCAUCGCAGAUUUUCAUUUUUAGCAGGCUUCCUGAUGCCCUUUCCGCAUGACAAAUGCCCUCCCCGCGUAGCACAAACUGGACUCCUGUUGCUUGUCAUGCAAUGCGAAUCUUUUUUAGAAUCCAAACACAGCAUCACAAGUUCCAUCCUUCCAGACCCAGACAUAUUUGCAAUCCAUACUGUCAGCUACGCGUCCAUUCAGAACCGAAUCAUGCAGACGCAGCUGGACGAGUUGCAUGCGAAACAUGUCUAUCAAGUGCAAAAAUGUAGUCUGGGUCUGGGAGAUUCCGAGAUUUGUCUUUGUCAUGCAGUUUUUUCAAGCUCCCCCACGUCUGGAAUGCAGGGCCUAGCAUCACAGGUUCUGCAGCUCCUUGGAGGUGAUGCGUAUUCUGCAUGAGAAAUGCCCUCUGAGAAUGGCCAGAAAGGGGCAACAUCUUCUGCACGUUCUGCAUCACAGAUCUUUGAAGGAUCCGAAACACGCAUCACAAGUUCGGAUCCUUCCAGACCGAGACAUAUUUGCAUUUGAUAAUGUCGCGAAGCUGAAGGCCGCAAACACGGACUUACAGCAAUUACUAGAGCAGGAGCGGGUAUGGAAGUGUCAAGAUCGAAAUCGUCAAAGUUGAAAUGAUUUGUGAUGCAUAAAAUCGAUACCAGUUGGAGCCUCAGUGUCCAAGUGGCGCAUGACAAAUUUCGGGAGCACCAAAGUCCACUCUGUCGUGCUGUUUGGGCAAGGAAGACUGCUUCUGUCAUGCUACUCUGGCAGCGCAUCGCCUUUGUUUCCCCGAAACAGGCUUGAAAUCGGUCUCAUUUGCCUGCGCCCCAACACAGACCUUGCGCGCCCUACAUUUUAUGCAUUACAAGUUUUUCGAUUUUGCCGAGUUCAAUCCUGACACCCCCAUAGCGGGCUGCGUUUGCCGAAGGUCUAGUGCAGGCGAGGGCGGAGGCGGGGAAGGUACACGAGGAUGAGUAUCAAAAAGAAAAAUCCCCCCUCCCCAUAUCGAAAACGAAAUCUGUGAUGCAGUAUUUGAGUACGCAAAUCGCUGGAGAGGACUGCAGACCCAUAUCAAGCCUGAAUAGAGAGGCUUUGACUUAGGCGCUUAGCAUGAAAAGCGUCCGCGAUGUUGGCUCAACAGCAUGACAAACUGGCUCCAUAAUGGGACGGAAGCUGCUGCCCUUGUCUUCUUGCAACACACACGUGAUUUGUGACCUCAAAUCAGCAACGCAAAUUUUCGAAAACCUGCCUCUUCAAUAUGGGGAGGGGGGAUUUUUCCUUGCGAUAAUGAGUUGCGCCUGCUGCGGGAGCAGGUGCAGGCGUUUAAGACAGAUAAGGAGAAGAGAGGUAUGCUAUGAUGUCAUUUUUUACGUAGGCUGCACGUCUUCCCUAGAAUUGAAGAGGUCUAGUAGUUCGGGGGUAGAAAUACGAUUUUCCCAGCACAACUGACUGCGAGGUGCGUCGACUGAAGACGGACCUUUUUUCCCUGUAAAUGCCAUUGCGUGAUUUAUUCGAUGACCUCACAUGCUUUGAGUUUGACGACGCCGUUCCUGUGGCCACAUGGAGAUUGAUAGGCUGGCUUUUCUUCAUAAUAUGAAGCACCACGACAUCAUGGAUCGUUUCCAACGUACUUAUUUGAACUGACCUUAGCCUAUGGAUUGCAAAUAUGUCUGGGUCUGGAAUUGUGAUGCUGGCCCUACAUUCCAAGAAAAUCUGUAUUGCAUGACUAGCAAACGCACAGCGUUCGUUGUGAUGCUGGCCCUACAUUCCAAGAAAAUCUGUAUUGCAUGACUAGCAAACGCACGGCGUUCGUUGUGAUGCAAAAACGCAGUUUGUCAUGCGCGCUACGUAUGAAACAGCUUUGCAAGGACUUGUCAUGCUUGGCUGCAUUCGAAAGCGUUUCAGUCAUCCAGAUUUUGGCAUCACAAGUUUCCAGACCCAGACAUGUUUGCAUUUGAUACAGCCCACGCCGCGGCGUUCGUCAAGGCUUUUGCGGAGGAUGGGACCUAUCCCAGAGAAAAAAGCUGGCAGGGCAUAUUUGUGAUGCAAAAAUAGAUACACAGAAACGCUUGCCAUGGGUGGCCCCAUAGCAUGCUGUUUCGGAUAUGCAAUGCAGAUUUUUUUGUGUAUUUAUUUUUGCAUUACAAAUAUGCCCUGCCAGCUUUUUUCUGUGUGAUAGGACCGAGUCCGCCGAGCCCAUUUCCGAGGAAACCGCAUUAACUGCACUUCAGCUCCAUUUGGAGGACAAGGCGGCCAAGGUCGCGCAGAGGGAGGUAGAGCUGGAAACGAAGCUUUUGUUUUUGAAGAAGCAGGAACUCCACAAGGACGGUAGUAGUACACGAACAGAGCAGCCAGACGGAAUCAGCCACGGGUCGGACCAGGUGGACCUCGAUGUACAACAACACGUCCUCUUGGAACAGCAGCGACAGCAUAUUACAAUGAAAAGUGCCCUCACCCCAGAGCUUGGCAAGUUUGUCUUGCAAACCUUUCAUCUCGAAACAUUCCCCGUCUUCUUGCAUAUAUCAGCAUCACAAAUUUUCAAUGCGGAACAGCUAAAAUUUCUGUUGCGCUAGAGCCCAGCAGCAACCGAGCCUGUCGUGUAAAAGACGCCUUACUCGCCGAGAUUCUGCAUCAGAAAGAUUCAUAGUCCUUUUAUGCAAGACAAAAAAAUCUCAUUUUGGAAACUUUGCAUCACAAAUUUUUGAAGCAUCCGAGGUGGGGGCGUUUUUUCUUUUGAUGCAGCAACUGGUGGAGCUGAAAGUCAAGUCCGAAAUUGAGUCGCUGCAGUUUUUAUCCUGAGGAAAAACUACUUCCCCACCCCACAGCAUUCAAGAUGGGGGAAUCUGCUACACAAAUGAUCCACAACCUUUGACUGUCGCGCAUGACAAACUUGGGCUCUUACGGUAGUCCUGUUUAGCUGGAGCAACCGCAUCACAAAUCGACUACAUUAUGCUGAUUCGAGCAUGACAAAUCCCAAAACAGCAUCAUCUGGUAACCAAAGCGUGCGCAAGCGAGCGCUCUUUGCGAGAUGCUCAUCCAUCGCAAACGCAGCGCGAAGGCUUUGCCGUUGCCAUAUGGGAGGAACUCGGGGGUAUGCAAUCGGUGGAAAAAGCGGGCAUUAUCAAGUGUGUUUUGCCUUCAGAAAGCGAAUCGGGCAGAAUUUCUGGGAAUUUUACCGAAAGCAGCCAAAACAGCAGUUAUCAAGUGCGAAAAGGGUAAAAAAGAUCAUUUUUGCAGCUCCGCCCGGUCUGAAGCUGAAAAAAGAUAGUGGCAUUUUUGGAAAGGGCCGAUGGUGUGAUGGGUUUUGUAGCGAAAAAUGCGUCACGUCCGGGCAGCUCCAGCCGCUUGGAAAUUGAAAAAAAGCGUUGAAAAAAUGCAGUUUUUCGCAGCAUAGAAGCGGCCGACAAAAUUUACCGAUUUUGUCCAGUCCCCGGAAACCGCUUGGAAAUUGAAAAUGACAAUUUUUGCUGAAAAAGUAAAAGCCGCUUGGAAAUUGCCGGUCAAAAGGGGUUCGCGAAAUUUUCCGCAGCCUCGUACCACCGGGAUUGGACGACAAGAACACAAUUAUCAAGCCUGUGGAGGUGUGUCCACCCCUCACGGUUUUCGACCUGUAUGAGGUCCAAAAUUGUGAGCCUCCUCCCGCUUGGAAAUGCUCGAUCUGGGUGGCCCAAAAGGGCUGCCGGAAAUGGCGCGAAUUGAUUAACUUUUUGAAAUUUGCGCUUUUUUCCUGGCCAGCGUGCCCUCGUGCAUAAUGUUACUCGCGAUGGUGUUCUGCUCGCCAAAAAACGCAUUCUUUUGCGCGCCCUUGCUUCCUGGUUAGAUGAUGAGAGCGCGGCCCACAUACCUUCCUGGCCAGGUGGCCAGUUUGUCAUGCAGGGGGCUAGAAAGGAUGCCCCGCUGCGCAAUAGCAGACCGGAUUUCGCCUUCAAUGCUUAUCGCAGGAGCCUGCGGGCCGCCGCGGGCUCCACCACUUCCCCGCGGCCCAAGGGCCGCGAGCACAACUGCGGCCCGCGACCCAAGAAGAAGAAGUGGGAAUCUAGGAACUAAAAAUAAAUGGUGCUUUUUCUCGUUUCUGGCGGCGGCUGCGCGGCGAAAGCGCGGCCCGCAGGGCCGCGCUUUCGCGGCGCGGGCCGCGGCGAUGUUAGAAAAAGGUUGGUGGGCCUUCGCGCUGGUUAGAUUUUCGCGCACGCAUUUGGUUACCAAUAUCGCCCUCCGGGCGCGACCUUAAUAAAAUGCUCCUCGUGGGGCUGCGCAUGGCAAGCAUUUUGGGCGUGAAGAUUUGCAUGACAACUCUGGGGUGGGGACGUUUUUACGCAGGAUAGUUUUACGAAGUAAUCCACGAAAAGGGGGUCGCGUACCGCACGGAAUUUGGCAACCUGCACGCGAAGCUUUUGUCCAAAUUGGGGCCGCGGUUCAAUUAUCAAAUGUAAAAAUGUCUGGGUCUGGAAGAUUGCCAGGUUUGUCAUGCACAUUUUGCAUNCCCAAGAAGAAGAAGUGGGAAUCUAGGAACUAAAAAUAAAUGGUGCUUUUUCUCGUUUCUGGCGGCGGCUGCGCGGCGAAAGCGCGGCCCGCAGGGCCGCGCUUUCGCGGCGCGGGCCGCGGCGAUGUUAGAAAAAGGUUGGUGGGCCUUCGCGCUGGUUAGAUUUUCGCGCACGCAUUUGGUUACCAAUAUCGCCCUCCGGGCGCGACCUUAAUAAAAUGCUCCUCGUGGGGCUGCGCAUGGCAAGCAUUUUGGGCGUGAAGAUUUGCAUGACAACUCUGGGGUGGGGACGUUUUUACGCAGGAUAGUUUUACGAAGUAAUCCACGAAAAGGGGGUCGCGUACCGCACGGAAUUUGGCAACCUGCACGCGAAGCUUUUGUCCAAAUUGGGGCCGCGGUUCAAUUAUCAAAUGUAAAAAUGUCUGGGUCUGGAAGAUUGCCAGGUUUGUCAUGCACAUUUUGCAUGACUCCUGAUGUCUGUGAUGCAUGCCCUAGCAUCACAGAUUUUGUGAGGGCUUCCUGAUGCCUAUACCGCAUGACAAAUGCUCUUUGCGUGUAGCAAAACUUGGGCUCUCUUUGCUGCUCAUGCAAUUACAGAUUUUUUUAUAAUCCAAAAUCAGCAUGACAAGUUGGAUUCUUCCAGACCCAGACACUUUUACAGUUGAUAUCAAGGAAGUGAUUGCCUGCUGCGAGUACCGGCGCGGCUGGGUUCGGACGCCGGAGGACCUGUGGCUGUAUUCUGAGUAAAAACAUACCCACCCCAGAGUUGUCAUGCAAUUCUGCAUGCCAAAAAAGUUUCUCAUGCGGAGUCCUAUGGGAUGAAGCAUUUUCUAUUCGUGUUUUGGGAUUUGUGAUGCUAGGAUCAGCAUGCUGUGGUAGAUCUGUAAUGCUUCUGAGCUAGCUAAACAGGAUCACACUAAGAGACAUCAAACUUGUCAUGCCAAACAACCAAAGCUGUGUGAUUUGUCAAGCAGAUUUCCCAUCUUGACUUUGGUGCUGUGGGGAUGUUUUUGAUCAGGAUAGGCUGCCCGUUUUCGUCAACGAGACGCAGGUACUGCAGCCCUUCACGGAGCCGCAUCAAAGAAGUAGUAUAGCGGGCGGUGGAGGUCGUCUUGGUGGAUCAUGCACAGCGGUGAACACGACGACCCGGAGUCGUGCUGGACCACAGCAGGAGGACCCAAACAAGGACAACGUGGUCGCGCAGCUGCCAGCUUCUACCGCCCCUUCGACCUCCUCCGCCGCAAGUCAGGCGGUUGCGGCACAGACGCUGGACACCUUUAACAGUUUGUGGUCGAAAUUGAAGCAGAACAUGCAGAGCGUGGAUGAGGGAACGAUCUCUCUGGAAGAAGACGACUUUCCGGUUGCCGAAAACCACUUUGAUAGUACCAGCGGACGGGGUAUCAAGUGUAAAAAUGUCGGGGUCUGGAAGAAUGCAUGUUUGUCAUGCUUGUCUGGCAUGACUCUCAAAUCUGUCAUGCGCGUUACCCAAGCGCGCCUUUUUUCUGUCAUGCAGAGACGCAGUUUGUCAUGCAGAAACAGAAUAGGCAACACCUACACCUAGAGGCUUAGAAACUUCUCAUGCCGAGCCAGCACUUGUGGCCUCCUCAUGAUACGCCACCCAACAUCACAAGUUUCCAGACCCAGACAUUUUUGCAUUUGAUACGGGGCUCGCUCUCACCGCUCUCGGAGUGAAGAAUCAAAAAGGAUGUCGUGCGUAGAGGUGGAGGAGAAUUCCUCGAAGAUGAACAGGAAAAGAAUAAAGAAAAACGUCGACAGUGAUGAAAUAUGAAGCGAGAGAAGUAAAACGAUGCGACGAUCAUGAAGAAGCAGCAGCUCUUUAUUCGUGCGUGCUGACCAGGGUCAAAUUCUCCUGCGUCAUGGGCGUUACAAAUCCGAUAACAGAUGAUAGUAGAUGGAGAUACAGAAACCUGAACUACCUCGAUUCUUGUAUCCUGGUAUUACCAAAGACGUCGCUCUUUGCGAGUCCAGCAGCGCAAAUUCGGCGUCUUCACUGUGAACCUGUACUGCAGACUAAAAUCCCGCCC